AUGAUCGUAACGGCAAUUUUGAACUUCCCCCCGCUUCCUUCCUUCUCGGACCUCCGAACUCGCCUCCUUGCUUUCAAAGGGCAACAGGCCUUAGCAGCUCAGCUGGCUCCUGUGGCUUCCCUUGCUGCUUUUGUUGCUGCUCGCGCCCAUCAUGGCCCCCGCCACUCGCGCCCACGUGACCAACCUCCUCGUUCCUUUGGUGGUCCGUCUCCCAUCCGCCAUAUCUCUGGCCCGAGCCAGCCUUCCCAUCGUGCUUCCCGUCCUUCCUCAUUCUCUCUCGGUCUUUUGGGUCCUCCACCCUCUCGCCAGUCCAUUCAAUGUUGGAAUUGCAAUCAAUUUGGCCAUGUUCAAGCCAAGUGCCCCUCUACUCGUCCUUUCGCAGGAAUGCAUGUUGCAUCCUCUUCAGACCCGAACUGGUAUUUGGACUCCGAUGGCACCAAUCACAUGACGCAUGAUGCGCAGCAAUUACACUCUCGCACUCCGUGUGCCCCUUCAGAUCAAGUUGUUGUUGGUAAUGGUGACACCCUCCCCAUCACUCAUUCUGGAAUUCAUAGUUCUAUCGACUAG